GCAUUACUCAGUGACUAAGAAAAGGGCAACUUCAGCAGCACAACAUCAGCAGCAAAAUUAAUCGGCAGAAAGAGCCCAUCCAUCUAUCUCUAGCAAGCUUUUGGUCACUAGCCGAAUGAUUGGAAAGCAGAGUAGUCAUUGAGGAGAAUACCAAACAAGCAAACACACACAGCAAACAACAUACCCAACAAUCUUGUUUUUACAAGUCUUAAAACGCCGCAGUUAGUAGGGGAUUGCAUUGAUUCAUCAUUAGUACAAGAGAAAGAUAAGAAAAGAGCCAAUAGGUCGGUCGGGGCCAUACUAGCUAGUACUGACGACACACGACAAUGCAUCUCUUUGGAGGUCGAUCAAAGAAGGAUCAGGUGAAGAAGCGAUUGAAUGCCAUUGUAGCCUUGCCGACCAAUCGAACAUGCUCCGAUUGCCCCGAAGUUGGUCCGUCGUGGGCUUCCAUUCUGCUGGCGGUUCCAACAACCGCAACUGGGAAGAAGUUGCCACGAGUGGGAGUGCUCUGUUGUUAUCGCUGUUAUACCUAUCACAUCGAGCUAGGGAAGGAUGUGUGCAGGACCAAGAACAUCCUCAAGCCAGACGAAUGGACGGAAGAAGAUCUCGAGAUUAUGGAACGAGGCGGAGGGAACGAUUAUGUGAAUGUCAUUUACGAGUCCAAUUUGAGUCCCAUUGUUUACGAUAAACAAGUGCUCCAGGACGAUAUGGAUGCCGAUGCCGCGGCACGACGAGAAUUCGUGCGAAACAAGUACCAACAUUUUCGCUAUUUCAAUGCCGAGCUAUUUGAAUCCCAAAUAACAUCAUGUGGCGAUACCAAUUGGCGGCGGCAUUCACAACAUCAACAAAAGAGCAGUAGUGUCAAACCUACUCAUGCCUUGAGCAAACGCAGUCAAAGCUACGAUGGACCUCCACCGCGAGGGGGGUUUCGGGACGGGUCGUCCAAACACUCGUCUCUGCCCAAGAGACCUGCCAAAAGACGGAGUAUGUCCUUUCAUCAAGUCGGUGACGAGGACGAAGAAGAUGCUAGGCCGGGAUACAACCUUCCCGGCCAUCUUGGGGUCAAAUCAAAGCAUAAAGAGCUCGGAUCUUCGUCGUCUAGUAGAGGGCGAAAGAGUUCCAGCAAGCAGCGAACCACCAGUGCCAGUACGGAGAAAAAGAGACGGAGCCUUUCAUCGCAACGAAAACGGUCAUCGUCGGCGCAAUCGAAUGCAUCCACUGCCUCUACCGUUCCCUCUGACGACGACCUGGGUUCUAGUCAUGGAACGAUGGACAUGUCUUCGAUUAGUGAGACUGGCGGGCCUUCCAUCAUUGACACUUCUCAGUCAAUGGGAUCGUCGUCGUCCUCCUCCUCCUCCAAGAGAAAACCCAAUCGACAACGGGGAUCCACGGAACUGUCGCAGUUGAGUAACAUGCGCGGAUCCAUGAGGGGUGGUACUGGUACUACUAGUGCGUCUGGCAUGGAGGAUGAUUCGCAGCGAAGAAUGGGUACAUCCAGUUCUAGUAGUAGCCGAUGGGGCAGCACGACAACGCGAUCCUCGGCACCGAAUUCGCAGUCCCUCGAUGCAUCACUAAGGAUGGCAGACUCUUCGGUGCAGCACAUGGAUGCCACGGCCCGGAGAACGAAUCGAAGACGACUGUCCAUGGGGAUGAUCGACAGCAGCAGUCGGGACACACGGCCGCCUGCAACGCGCUUGCAUGCCUCGUCCGCUCAUUGCAUCAAUCGAAAACCGCAAAGGACCAACAGCCACGACAAGGGUCGUCCGUCACCGCCAGGUCAGAGAUCAGCUGCGGCUACGGAAGCAAGCAGCAGUAAGACCAGCGCAGCGCCUCGCAAACCUCGCCGCUAUUGCAGUAGCGGUGAAGACUCUGAUGUUGCAUGCCCCAAAAAGCCGGAGACGCUCAAGGCGUUCCCUCCGAGUCUGGCAUUGCCAACGGGCCGAUUUCGUCGUCGCAAGUCAUUGCCCUCGUUGGGUGCAAAGAAGGAUACGGAAGAAGAGGAAGACAGCAUUGUUUGCCAAUACGCUGAAAAAAAAUACACCGGCAUUGACGUUUAUUCCCCUCGAGUUCGUCGUGGCUCGUUAGGGUUGUCCAGUGGCCCCCCCAAGAAAGACAAGGGCAGGACUGCAUACGGGGUCAGAGUGGGCUAUGGAUUCGACAGUUGCAAGAGUAGUGACAGUGAACACGAGAAAAAGUCAAAGCGGUCGACUCGCUCUUCAUCGGAAACUAACAAAGGAGUGGCUCUCGGAAUCGAAGCACCUGCACUUGAAUGCUUUUUGAAGAGCAUCAAGAAGCAGCCAAAGAAUAUCCUGGAUGAGCGAUCGCUGGGUAGUGGUACCAAGAGCAGUAAUGAAGAGAUUCUCGGCAUUGGACCUGCCGGUAAACCCAAGAGGAGGGGACGCCGAAAGUCCAUGGGUGAUCUCUCCGUCUCAUCGGGGUCUCAGCUAUCGUCUACUAGCCAGGGCCUGCAGCAGGGAAUUCCGGAGGUCCCGCCUCUUGGCGACAGCAGCAACACGAACGGUGAAGAUGCUGAUGGUGCGGAUGAGGGUGCAAAAAGGAGAGGGUCUACUGGCUCAAACUCCGCAACGCUCUCAAACCAUAUCGAUGCUAGCAAACAUCCUCAGUCCCUUCUCUCAGACGGUCAAUCCGUGGGUGGGCUUAGUGGAUUCAGUUUUGGAAGUAGAAGCAGUGGUUUUGAAAGUAGAAGCAGCGAAGAGGAGAUCGACUUCUCAGCCCGACGGCGCCCUGUUGCGGACAGACUGUCGACGUCGACGAAGAAAUCGUUCGAUUGGGCCCGCCACUACACUGUCAGUACUGACGACGAGUCAGAAUCGGAGAAGCAAUCACGACCGCGUAUGUCGGACCAAGGCUACAGGAGCGAAGAUCAGGUUGGGGAAUUGCUUGCAAUUGCGACAAAGGCUAUCAGAGCCGCACCAUCGAAGUCAUCCUUGGCGUGGGCCAGCGAAUUCACCGUUGACACCGACAAAGAACCAACCCCAGAUGUUCCAUCCCGCGCUGAUCUUGGAUACGAUGAUGAAGGGCAGGAGGACAUGGACACCAGAGGAAAGAAAGCUCCGACCAAGGAGGAUUUGGGUUAUGAGAAUUGCGACGACGUCAAUGGUUACGCUAUGCCCCAACAUGCUGCCGGACAGCGUAGUGCAGCUGCAGGAGAGCCUAUGGACUCGUCUUUGAAUCAUUCUGCACUUCGCAGACGAUCGUCGAGUAAUGCUGUUAACGGCGCAGAUCAAUCCAGCAGCAUGGCAUCGUUCAAGACUGCGCAGCAGGGGUCCUCGUUGGGCAGCAUGGGAGGGUCAGGAAUGCUUGGUCAGUCGACCCGGUUGUCGGCUUCCUUCAAAUCGGCUCAUCAAGGCUCUUCAGUCGGCACCUUGCUGUGUGGUCGUGGGUCGCUUCUGCGCCAAGACUCCUCUGGUAGUGUUGCUUCAGAGGCAUCGGAAGCAAGUCUGAAUGCAUCAUUGCUGUACCCUCGAUACGCACAUAUCACAAAAGGCGAGGAUCCGCCACCAAUGAUCCCCAUGGCGGCUGACGAGUCAACAAGCUCUGCCGAAUCUUUCAACCGAUCUUCGAUUAACGAUGGCUUGACCGUGCGAAAGGCGAAACGAGAAUACUGGAGAAGUGCUUUGGGCCCAAUUGCGAGUCAGCACUAGCUAGCUAGGAACUCACAUACAUCAUAGUUCAUAGAUAAUACGACAGUGUAAAAACCGUAUACUGC